AUGGAAGACCGAAGACCCAUCGAACCUCUUUUAGUUCGUCUUAUAGCGGAGUUACGCAAGCCCAUCCAUGAAAGUUCCGUCGAUCCCUCAAUGUUCAUUGUUCAUGCGGGACUGUGGUCCAGUAACCGCAAGGAAGAACGUAGUCUUGUAAUUAACCCAUCAUCUAUACCAACUCAGUCGACAGGGCUUUCCUCAACUGUCAUGUCACUGAACGGCCCGACUUGUACCAUGGGACUUGGUCAUCAUCAAACAUACCAAAAAGACGAUGUCACAUCGUUGGCUUCCUGUGCAGCCUAUACGAAAAGAGGUUUGGAAAGACUCAAAGUACUCAAAGAAAAAAGUGAAGAACUUGCUCCCAUCAGGGAUGCUCUCGAUUUUUCUUCCGGUUUGUUACCACCUUCCCCUGCCGUAGACUCGACAGACCAAUUUGCCCACAGUAAUGUACAGGAACAACGGUCCACACCAAACUCUGAAGCUGUUCUCCUACCCAAUUUUGAGAGUGUAUCGUACGACAGAGUUCAAGAUCUCUAUGAGCAACGCAAAGGCACAUUGUAUUUUAUACCCGAAGGCUUUGAGCCCGUACUGGUCCCAAAUGACACGAAAGCACAAACGGUUACGAAUCUACUAGAGACAGCUAAACAGGUUUCAGCUCCAUUGAAUGUGCCACGUAUGCUUCCAGAUGCCGAUGUCCCUCUACCCACUCCCUUGAGAUACUCGAGAUCCCUCAAACCGAAUGCAUUCUUCUUCUACCGUCGGGCAAAGCUGCCCGCGUUAAGGAAUGCCGGAAUGAAGUGUAGCGAGGCUUUAGCGAAAAUUUCUUGCAUGUGGCGUGAAGAAACGCCCGAAGUGCGUCUCAUGUUCGAGAAAAUGGCAGAGGACGCCAGGCAAGAACACAUGAAAGGGUACCCUGAAUAUCCAUACAAAGGGUACUCUGAAUAUCCAUACAAAGGGUACUCUGAAUAUCCCUACAAAUGGUACUCUGAAUAUCCAUACAAAGGGUACUCUGAAUAUCAAUUCAGACGGACGCUUGUAGCAAAGAAUACUGGAAUCACAAAAUUAGAACACACGUUGCAGCAAAUUGAUGCAGAGCACUCAUCUCGACCUAAUAAGCCAUACACUGUCGCGGAAACACGUUUGAAUCCAUCCUCUUCGAACAUUCUCAUUCACAAUGGCACUGCUAAAAUUACGGACUUUGGAUUGUCUACCAUGCUGGUACAACUUCUUUCCGAAUCACGAGGUGAAGGCACUGCGGCGUAUAGGGAUCCAGUUUCAUUCCGGGAUCCUUCAUACAGACGUAAAAAAGAAUCAGAUGUAUUCAGUCUCGGCGUUAUGCUAUGGGAAAUUUCUAGUGGGAAGGUGCCGUGUGAAGGCUGUAAAAGUCAUGAAGUGCCUAAAUAUAGGGAGAAGGGUUUUCGGGAUCCCCCUUCCUUUGAAACACCUGAAACGUAUGUUAGGCUUUAUGAAAAAUGUUGGGAGGAAGAUCCUUACAAGCGACCAAUAUGUAAGGAGGUUUACCGACAAUUGCGCAACAUGUAUGAAAUACAAAUCUGUCAAAAUCAAAACAUGGCAAUUGAGGCUCUAGAUCUCUCAUAUGAACAUAUGAACAUUGGAGACAGACCCUUGAUGCCUGCUCUAGAAUCAAGCUCUUCUAUAGCUGCGCUCCCCAAUUAUUGUUCAGCGUAA